AUAUAUUACGGUCACACCAAGUGUGCAAAAAGUGAUUGAGGAUUUCAUUACAGUUUGAAAGAAUAAAGAAUUAAGAAAACGACCAGACCAGUGAUAUUAUUAAAGUUAGAACGACUGCACGCAACAAAGCAAAGACAAAAUGGAAGUAACUGACGCAAAUCUGCAGCUGCUGGCCGGUUAUUUGCAGCAGACGCUGAGUGCCGAUCCAAAUGUCCGCCGGCCGGCCGAAAAACUCCUAGAGUCCACGGAACUGCAGCAGAACUACCCGGUGCUGCUGCUCAACUUGAUCGACAAAGCCCAAAUGGACAUGACCACGCGGGUGGCCGGAGCCAUUGCCUUUAAGAACUAUGUGAAGCGGAAUUGGGCGGCCCACGAGGACAGCGACGGACCGGAUCGCAUCCACGAAAGUGACCGGAAUACAAUCAAGACGCUUAUCGUAACGCUGAUGCUUCAUUCGCCGGUGGCCCUGCAAAAACAACUCAGCGACGCCGUCAGCAUCAUUGGCAAGCAUGAUUUUCCGAAAAAAUGGCCGCAGCUCAUCGACGAGAUGGUGGAGAGAUUCGCUUCCGGCGAUUUCAAUGUGAUCAACGGGGUGUUGCAAACGGCACACUCGCUGUUUAAGCGCUAUCGCUACGAGUUUAAGUCCCAGUCCCUGUGGGAGGAGAUCAAAUUUGUACUGGACCGUAUGGCUAAGCCACUGACGGAUCUGCUUCAAGCCACCAUGCAGCUGACGAAGGUGCACGAGAACAAUCCAGAGGCAUUGAAAGUCAUCUACGGCUCCUUGGUGCUGGUGAACAAGGUCUUUUAUUCCCUAAACUCGCAGGAUUUGCCCGAGUUCUUUGAGGAUAACAUGAACACUUGGAUGGGCGCGUUUAUCCAGCAGCUGGCUGCCGAUGUGCCAUCACUGCGCACGGCCGACGACGAGGAUGCCGGUGUUCUGGAGCACCUACGCACUCAGGUCUGCGAGAACAUUUGUCUCUAUGCCAAGAAAUACGACGAGGAAUUCAAGCCCUUCAUGGAGCAAUUCGUGACUGCAGUCUGGGAGUUGCUGGUCAAGACCAGUCUGCAAACCAAAUACGAUGCGUUGGUGUCCCAUUCCCUGCAAUUCCUCUCUGUGGUGGCUGAGCGGAAACAUUAUCAGAGCAUUUUCGAGAACCCGGAGAUUCUGGCGCGGAUUUGCGAUAAAGUGGUCAUUCCCAACCUGGAUAUACGGCCCUCAGAUGAGGAAAUAUUCGAAGACAGUCCGGAGGAGUAUAUUCGCCGAGAUAUCGAAGGCUCUGACAUCGACACACGACGUCGGGCUGCCUGUGAUCUGGUCAAGACCCUGUCCAUUAACUUUGAGCAGAAGAUAUUUGGCAUCUUUGGGCAAUACCUGGAGAUAUUGCUGACCAAGUACAAGGAGAAUCCAGCUGCCAAUUGGAGGUCGAAGGAUACGGCUAUUUAUCUGGUCACCUCGUGGGCAUCACGAGGCGGAACCCAGAAACAUGGCAUUACCCAGACCUCAGAGUUGGUACCACUGCCGGAGUUCUGUGCCCAGCAGAUUGUUCCAGAGUUGCAGAGACCCAACAUCAAUGAAAUCCCAGUUCUAAAGGCUGCUGCCAUCAAGUAUGUAAUGGUGUUCCGCAGCAUUUUGGGCCCGCAAAUCCUAGCCAGCUGCCUGCCACAGCUCAUCCGGCAUUUGCCCGCUGAAAGCAUUGUGGUUCAUAGCUACGCCGCCUGCUCCGUGGAGAAGAUCCUGACCAUGCGCGAUGCCAACAAAGCAAUCGUUUUUGGCCCUCAGGUGCUGGGACCACAUUCAAAUGAGCUUAUCAACGGACUAUUCGCCACUCUUUCUCUGCCAGGAUCUGCAGAGAAUGAGUAUGUGAUGAAGGCCAUCAUGCGUAGCUUUUCUGUUUUGCAAUCGGCUUCUAUGCCUUUUAUGGGCGUGGCGCUCCCACGGCUCACUGAGAUCCUCACCCAGGUGGCCAAGAAUCCAUCGCGCCCACAUUUCAAUCACUAUCUAUUCGAAACGCUGGCUGUGUCCAUUAAAAUUGUUUGCCAGGCUGAAGCCUCGGCUGUAAGCUCCUUUGAGGAGGCUUUGUUCCCUGUUUUCCAGGGCAUCCUGCAGCAGGAUAUUGUCGAAUUUAUGCCCUACGUCUUUCAAAUGCUUUCGGUACUGCUGGAAGUACGUGAGGGCACUGGCUCCAUACCAGAGCCCUAUUGGGCCCUGUUUCCAUGCCUGUUGGCCCCAGCUUUGUGGGAUCGCACUGGCAAUGUCACGCCCUUGAUUCGCCUUAUCUCCGCUUUCAUUAAGCAGGGUUCAGCGCAAAUUCAAGCUUCGGGAAAAUUGAACGGAAUUUUGGGCAUUUUCCAAAAGAUGAUUGCCUCAAAGGCCAACGACCACGAAGGUUUCUACCUGCUGCAGAAUCUCCUUUCCUACUAUCCAGCAGCGGAAAUCGAAGCUAGCAUGCGCCAGAUCUUUGCCCUGCUCUUCCAGCGCUUGUCGCUUUCGAAGACGCCCAAGUAUUUAUCUGGGAUCAUCGUCUUCUUCUGCUUCUAUGUGAUCAAAUACAGUGGCGGACAGCUGGCACAGCUAAUCGACGAGAUCCAGCCCGGCAUGUUUGGCAUGCUGCUGGAGCGAGUGUUUAUUACCGAUAUGGGCAAGGUUCUCAAGGACCUGGAUCGGAAAAUGGUGGCCGUUGGUGUAACGAAGCUCCUCACCGAAACUCCGGAAAUGUUCCAGCCGCAGUAUGCCGGUUUCUGGCCGCGAUUGCUUCAUUCACUCAUCGAUCUCUUCGAGCGCUCGCCAGAUCAAUUGCCCGCCUUCGAUGGAGGAGAGGCUGCUGCAGGGCCUGACGACGCCGAUGGCGGCUAUCAAGUCGCUUUUGCCCAACUCUCCAAUGCUCAGCCCAAGCAGCAUGAUCACCUUGCCGACAUUACCGAUGCCCGACAGUUUCUGGCCACCUCGCUCUCCAAGUUCUCACAGACGCGUGUCGGUGAGUUGCCCAACUUGCUGACCCCCCUGGAGCCAGAGUAUAAGCAAGUUCUGCAAAAAUAUUGCGAUCAGGCUGGCGUACGCAUCGCAUAAAGAAGACCUUAAGAACACCUCGCCAUACAUUCGCAACUCUGUAAUACACCCAUCCUGUAUCACUAACUUCAUGUUUCGUUUUUUAUUGUCAUAAAACAUUUGUUUCAUAUGUUAGUGUAUUAUUCGUAACAAUAAAUAGUUAUAUUUGUCAAUUCA